CGCACAGGAAGUGGCGCGGCGGGGGCGGCGCGAGUGAGGCCCGAGCAGGCCCCGGGCCGGCGGCCCAGCAGCGGCCCCGGGACUGGCCAGACGCGCCUGAGCGACCCCCGCCCGCCCCGCCGCGCGACCCGCCGCCGCCGCCGCCGCCGCCGCAGGAGUGCCGUGCUCAGUGAGGGCCCCUGCGUGCGCUCCUGAGUGGCAACCAUGGGCCUGCUCGCCUACCUGAAGACCCAGUUCGUGCUGCACCUGCUCAUCGGCUUCGUCUUCGUGGUCAGUGGGCUGCUCAUCAACGCGCUGCAGCUCUGCUCCCUGCUGCUCUGGCCGCUGGACAAGCAGCUGUACCGCCGCGUCAACUGCCGCCUGGCCUACUCGCUCUGGAGCCAGCUGGUGAUGCUGCUGGAGUGGUGGUCGGGCACGGAGUGCACGCUCUUCACCGACCCCGCCACGCUCAGCCGCCUGGGGAAGGAGCACGUGGUCAUCAUCCUCAACCACAACUUCGAGAUCGACUUCCUGUGUGGCUGGACCAUGUGCGAGCGCUUCGGCGUGCUGGGGAGCUCCAAGGUCCUGGCCAAGAGGGAACUGCUGUGUGUCCCGCUCAUCGGCUGGACCUGGUACUUCCUGGAGAUCGUUUUCUGUAAACGGAAGUGGGAGGAGGACCGGGACACAGUGAUUCAGGGGCUGCAGCGCCUGUCAGACUACCCUGAGUACAUGUGGUUCCUGCUGUACUGCGAGGGCACCCGCUUCACGGAGAAGAAGCACCGCGUCAGCAUGGAGGUGGCCGCCGCCAAGGGGCUGCCCGCCCUCAAGUACCACCUGCUGCCGCGGACCAAGGGCUUCACCACGGCCGUGCAGUGCCUGCGGGGCACGGUGUCGGCUGUCUACGACGUCACGCUCAACUUCCGGGGCAAGAAGAACCCGUCCCUGCUGGGCAUCCUGUAUGGCAAGAAGUACGAGGCCGACAUGUGUGUGAGGCGUUUCCCCCUGGAGGAGAUCCCGGAGGACGAGAAGGAGGCGGCACAGUGGCUGCACAAGUUGUACCAGGAGAAGGACGCCCUGCAGGAGACGUACAACCAGAAGGGCGUGUUUCCUGGAAAGGCCUUCCGGCCCCCGAGGCGGCCAUGGACCCUCCUCAACUUCCUCUUCUGGGCCACCGUCCUGCUGUCCCCGCUCUUCAGCUUCGUCCUGGGCGUCUUCGCCAGCGGCUCCCCCCUCCUCAUCCUCGCCUUCCUGGGCUUCGUGGGGGCAGCGUCCUUCGGAGUCCGCCGACUAAUCGGAGUGACCGAAAUAGAGAAAGGGUCCAGCUAUGGUGACCAGGAGCUGAAGAAGAAGGAGUAGCCGGCCUCGGGCCGGCCCCAGCGCCCGUCACUCCAAACACAGCCACGCCACUGCGGACAGGGCCGCCAGAGGCUGUUUCCUCACCACUGCUGACCAGUGACCAAUAGACCUUGUCCAGGGCCGGAGUUCGAGGCCUGCAGAGGAUGACCCCAUCUGCUGGCUCCUCCGCGCAGAUACAGGGACGCCGGAGCUCGAGGCUCUGGCCCUGCGGCCCGGGUCCCCCAGAGACCACCUCUUCCUGUCGCUCCGUGUCCUGGGGGCACAGGAGGCUGGGCCCCGGGGUACUGCUUCCUGCUGUGCUCGGCUCCGCAUUCGACUCUCAGUCUGGGGCGCCUGGGAGACGGUUCUCGUGUGAAAGCACAUUCUGAGGGUCUGUCCGGGGGGGGGGGGCUCGGCCUCCCGGACUGGCUGCCGGUGACCCCCACUUUGUUCCGAGCCCCGUAAGUACCUGGCCUCUGCCUGUAAGGAGUGCGCCCUGCACCCCUCUCCCGAAGCCCCCCGCCUGCCUUGCCCCGGCCCCCACCCUGCUGCUUGGCGGCUGUGUGGGGGUCCGGGGGGUUGCCCAGUGGGGUGCCAACCACCCUGCCCCACGGGGGACCGUCUCCCACUCUGCCCAGCACCCAGCCCUGCCACUUUUUCCUCCGGAAGGUCAGCUGCUUCCCCGGGCACGACCCCAUGUUAGCAGGGGAGGGGCACCCGCGUGGGGGCCCCAGGAGGCCACAGGCCGGGCAGUGUGGAGCGGGGGGCUCCACACUGGAUGUGGAGAGGUGGGGGAUGGAGAAAGGUGAGGUGGUCCGGACGGAAGCGGGAGCCCUGGGGAAGCGUCUACGCCUCGCUCCGCCCUGGGCCCGGUGUGGGUUGGGCCGGCAGCCCCCCUCUGCCCCCCGCGGGGCUGUGAAACAGCCGCUCCUGUGCUGCGCGGGGCCCCACUGCUCCCCCCACCCCGCCCAGGGUCCCUGAGUGUGCCCGCCCCGCUGGAGCCGGUGACGGCGCCGGAAGACCCCAGGUUCCUGCAAAGGGGGUGCCGCGUCCCUGCCCCCCAGCCCUGGCCGCCAAGCCCUCUGCCAGCAAUAAAAACUGCACCACGAG